UAAACAAAACUUUUGUAGGGUUCCGAAAAGUAAACAAAAGAUCAUCAAAUUGAAAAACAUUAAUUUAUCCAUUUUAAACGAAGAUAUAUUAGCAAUAAUAGCAGUCAGUCAGUAAAACAAAGUGAGGAUAAUAAGCAGAAUAAGAAGAAAGUGGAUUGAAAUACUUAACGAAUGUAUAAGAGCGUUCAUAUAAACAAAAGUUUUAAAAAUAUUUUUCUUCAACAAAUAAUUGCAUUUUGAGCUGUUUUUAAGCUAGUUUCUAUUGAUAAGAUCAUAUAAUAUGUUAUUGUGAAUUGAUAUCUUUCAAUUUCACAGCAUAAAAUCAUUAUUUGAGCCGAACAAAAGUUGAAAUAAAUUUUCAAAAAAAGGAGAAAAAGCAAAAUUAUUAAUUCAAGAUGAUGAUGCCCCACCCAAGUCAAAUGCCUCAACAUCCUAUGCAUCAAGGACCACCAAUGCAACAGUUACAACAGCCAGCACAAAACCCACAGCCCCAACAGCAGCAACAAUCAUCAAAUCGUCAAUCUGCGUCUUUGAAACCAAAUUAUACAUUAAAAUUUACACUAGCCGGCCAUACAAAAGCAGUCUCAGCUGUCAAAUUCAGUCCAAAUGGAGAAUGGCUUGCAAGUUCCUCUGCCGAUAAAUUAAUUAAAAUCUGGGGAGCUUAUGAUGGAAAAUUUGAAAAGACUAUAGCUGGUCACAAGUUAGGAAUUAGUGACGUAGCAUGGAGCAGUGAUAGUCGUUUACUAGUAACCGCUAGCGAUGACAAGACCCUUAAAAUUUGGGAACUGAGUAGCGGCAAAUGCCUGAAAACUUUAAAAGGUCAUAGCAAUUAUGUAUUCUGCUGUAAUUUUAAUCCACAAAGUAAUCUGAUUGUGUCUGGAAGUUUUGACGAGUCUGUCAGAAUAUGGGAUGUGAGAACUGGAAAGUGUUUGAAAACAUUACCAGCUCAUUCUGAUCCAGUUUCAGCAGUUCAUUUCAAUCGCGAUGGAUCUCUUAUUGUAUCUUCAAGUUAUGACGGGCUAUGUCGUAUUUGGGAUACAGCUAGUGGACAAUGUUUAAAAACACUUAUUGACGAUGACAAUCCCCCAGUCUCAUUUGUCAAAUUCUCACCAAAUGGAAAGUACAUCUUGGCAGCAACACUCGAUAAUACACUAAAGUUAUGGGAUUAUUCCAAGGGAAAAUGUCUGAAAACGUACACUGGACAUAAAAAUGAACGAUACUGUAUUUUUGCUAAUUUCUCCGUAACUGGUGGAAAGUGGAUCGUGUCGGGAAGUGAGGAUAAUAUGGUCUAUAUCUGGAACUUACAAAGCAAAGAAAUUGUACAACGUCUUCAAGGGCACACUGAUACUGUUUUAUGCACAGCAUGUCAUCCGACAGAGAAUAUUAUCGCAUCAGCCGCAUUAGAAAACGACAAAACUAUAAAGUUAUGGAAGAGUGACACAUAAUCUGUUGGACUACGACCUUAAUCAGUCUAUGUCCAUAAAAAAUCACAAAACAAAAAUUAAGAUAUGAUGAAUAUCGAAGGAAAUUAUAUGAUUAUAUUAGUAGAAUACGAAGAUAAGAGAGAUAAAGUAUAAAAUUCCUAUAAAACUAUAAGAUUUGAUUUUAAGGACUAUCAUAAUGUAGCUUAUUC